AUGGAAAAACAGAAUGUCACAGAAUUUGUUUUCAAAGGACUAUUUCAAAGUAGGCAAACAGAACUAGUGCUCUUUUUCUUGUUCCUGCUUUGCUACCUGGCGGUCUUAAUGGGAAACAGCAUCAUUUUCCUCACAAUCUCCUGCAGCCAUCUCCUGGAACAUCCCAUGUAUUAUUUUCUCUGCCACCUUUCCCUCAUGGACCUCUGCUAUACAUCCGCGGUGGCUCCUCAGCUUAUCAGAGACUUAGCUGCCAAAAGAAGAAAUAUUUCUUAUAAAAACUGCAUGACCCAGUUGUUCACAUCCCAUUGGUUGGCAGGAGUAGAAAUUUUUAUCUUGGUGUGCAUGGCUUUUGACCGUUAUGUGGCCAUUGUCAAGCCCCUGCAUUACAUGCUCAUCAUGAACCGGAAGAGGUGUCACCUGCUGAUCGCUGUGGCCUGGGCACUUGGUUUUUGGCAUUCUAUUGCUAUGUUGCUCAUGGUACUGAAUUUGCCUUUCUGUGGCCCUAAUGUGAUCGAUCACUACAUGUGUGAUAUCAAGCCCCUUUUGAAACUUGUUUGUAAAGAUAUCCGUGUGGUUAGUAUCUUAGUGAUUGCAAAUUCCGGGACAGUAGUAGUUGCCAUAUUUACUGUGCUUUUAGCUUCUUAUGUACUCAUUUUAUAUAAACUCAGGACAAGAUCAUCUGCAGGGCGUCGCAAAGCUCUCUCCACCUGUAGCUCUCACAUAAUGGUUGUGGUUCUAUUUUUUGUGCCCUGUAUUUAUAUCUAUAUCCUACCUGCAGGUGGUAAAAAUAUGGAUAAGGAAAUUUCUGUGUUUUACACUGUGAUUGCCCCCAUGCUAAAUCCUCUCAUCUAUACCCUAAGAAACAAGGAGAUGAAAAUUGCUAUGGGGAAGGUGUGGUGGCGAAUGUCACAUUCAAGAUUGAAAUAA